AUGCAAUUUGGUGACUCUACAGUGCAACAUGGAUCUGUGGUCGGUCAGAUUCGUUUCAUCAAGAAAGAUAAUUCCAUAUUGAGCAGCAGCAAUAACAAUAACGCCGACACCAACAGCCUACUCACUGCCCUACCAAACACCCAUUCAACCUUGCUAGGCAUUCCAGCUACAAAUGUCACAAGCAGCUCAGCAUUGAGCACCAUCUACCACAACGGUCGUCUCACAGCCGAAAUCGACAUGGCUGGGCGACCGCUCUCUUCAGCAGACGUUUUCAUGACCAUCUUCACAGCCUAG